ACAGGCUUCCAGGCCUUGCCAUGACCCGCUUGGCUUUGGCCCGAUCCGACUGUGAUGACAAAGCCUUUCUUUUGUGCCGGCGCCGUCCGCGCUCCACCUUUGCCAGACUAUAUAAGCCGGACCGGAGCUGGACGACACCAUCUUGGUUCAGUCUGCCUCUCGCCGCACUGCAGGACAGACCCUACCCAGACUCUCCUGAAGCCCCCCGCCAUGUCUCAAAUCGCUAAGUCCGCCUCCAGCCUGGGCUCCGACCCCAAGGACAAGGGAGUCCCGACCCCGGCCGCCUCCAGCAAGGCCACCAAGACGGGCGAGCCCGGCGCCGGGUCCUUCAGGAUCAUGCUGUUCGACCAGGAGAACUUCCAGGGCAGGAUGGUGGAGCUUCAGAGCGAGUGCGUCAACAUUUGUGAUCGAGGUCUGGACCGGGUCAGAAGUCUCAUCGUGGACAGCGGCCCCUUUGUUGCUUUUGAGCAGACCAACCUCCGUGGCGAGAUGUUCAUCCUGGAGAAGGGAGAGUAUCCUCGCUGGGACACCUGGAGCAACUCCUACCGCAGCGACUGCCUCAUGUCGCUCAGGCCCAUCCGCAUGGACAGCAUGGAGCACAAGAUCUGCCUGCACGAGCUGUCUGACUUCAAGGGCAACAAGAUGGAGAUCCAGGAGGAUGACGUUCCAACCCUGUGGGCGCACGGCUUCUGUGACAGAGUGGGCAGCGUGAGGGUGCCCGGAGGAGCGUGGGUGGGCUACCAGUACCCCGGCUACAGAGGCUACCAGUACCUGUUUGAGAGCGGAGACUUCCGGCACUACAACGACUUCUCGGCCCUGCAGCCUCAGAUCCAGUCGGUGCGUCGCAUCAGAGACAUGCAGUUCCACCAGAGAGGAUGCUUCACCUUCACCUCCUCCAGCAAGUGAGCCACACCCGCUGGUGCAGCUUUUUACCCUCCACUGACUCCUUUCUCUCCAUCCCGGGAAAGACCACGGACUUUUUAUGGUGCUAACUAAUAAAACACGUUGUGGAACAAAAAACAAUCAAACCUCCGGCCUUUUACUCCAUCACACCUGGCGUGAUGUCACUGCAGGUGAGACAGCUGUCAACAUGGUUCAUCACACCUGGCGUGAUGUCACUGCAGGUGAGACAGCUGUCAACAUCGUUCAUCACACCUGGCGUGAUGUCACUGCAUGUGAGACAGCUGUCAACACAGUUCAUGUACCUGGGAAGUUGGACGUCAAGAUGGCCACAUCUACGGAAGCUAUUUUUUUGCCUUUGCCUUGUCUGAAAUAAACAAGUUACAGGAAAACAUGGACU